AUUGUUUACAAGGUGAAUAUUAGAAGCUAACAAGAAUCAAUCUUCUGCAGUAUAUUUAACAUUCCUAGAAGUCUUUAAAUACCUACUAUUCAAUAUAAUAUACGUAAGAAGACAUAUCAUCGAGGAGGUGAGCAUUAGAGAGCUAUAGAGAUAUAACAAAUACUCAAUCAUAGUCACCACACCAUAACUUAGAUCUAGUUCCGCAAUGUCAAGCCGGGCGCAGGAAUGGGCAGACCAAUGCGAACUGACAGUUCGCAAGAUAAUAAAACGCGGGUUCUCGAUUGAAUCCCUGUACAGGAUGUCAAGCAUCGAGCUUGGCAAUGAGCUCAGAACUGGCGUGAUCCUGGUUAUCUCGAGUGGUAAUCGAGCGGUUUACAAUGUCGACUACCGAGACCCGGGUAUUAGAGAAGGACUCCUAUAUAUGGCACGACACGGAUUGGACGAGAAAAUGGUCAUAUACGGAUUGGGCUUUCAGUUCAAGGCGGUUUAUUAGCUAGUACUAUUGGGAUUGAGGGACGUAGGUUUUCCUUGAAUUUACUGGGAUAUGAGGGUCUGGUGCUGGAAAAGGAAUGCUCUAGUUGUUCAGUCAUAAUACAUCUAUUAAAUUUACGCCAUAAUAUUUAAUAAUAGG